AUGUGCGAUACAGAGCAUAAUGUUCAGAUAGUAAAUAUAAAACAAGGUGAAGUGUAUCACUAUUCUAUCGUUUUGCUUAAAGGUGAACUCACAAAUCCAUGCUGCAAUGGAAAGUUGCGAAUAACCGUCAACAACAGUCAAGCAGUGCCAUUCUCAUUCGCCGUAGAGAAAAAAGACGAAGGUAACGUUGAGAGCAAGCGAGAAGUUCGUCAAAAGUUUCGUGUUCUACUCAGAUUAAUAGGCGGCGAAAGCUUGUACGAGGUGCAGUAUUGUAAGGUGAAAACAUGCAUAAGUUUAACCUACACCGUUCCGGACACUACUUUUACGGUGGUGCCAGUGUACAUCAUCUGCAAAGGACACAGCGGUCGAUAUCAGUCGCACGAACACGAUCCACACAACGACAGUGAUCAUGCAUGUCGGAAAAUAACACUUGCCGUCGAGUUGCUGCAGUGUUUGUACGCGGAAAAGCUACAUGAACAUGGUUUCGGCCGGAAAACGUUCACACUCGAAUCUCCAUGCAAACCGUUCCACUCUGCACUGGAAUGGCAACGAUCGACCACCAUGACGGAGGGUGAACUUUGGCACCAGUUCGCUGCAGAGUUGAUACAAAGCAAAUGCUAUGACAUGCAGCGGGUAAAGGUGGUUGGAUUUCUCAGCAGCACACACUUUGCCGGUAUCACCGAUGGUGACUACUCGUACGAAAACAUCCGGACGAAAACCACCGGCCAUGCUGCACUCGGUGGUGGAGGAUUAGCUCUUUUUGGCACCGGCUGUCUCUACACGUGGCCUUGCUUGCUUGAGGCAGUCUGUGAUGCAUUUAUCAACAAGCAACCGGUGGACUGUGGCAAACUGUUGGAUGACAGUAACUACAGACGCACGUACGGCGGCUGUUUUGCCACAACGCUCGGUUCCGUUUGUCACGAGAUGGGCCAUACAUUCGAUCUCGGUCACACACCGGAUAGCUCCAUCAUGGGCGAUGGAUUUGAUGCAAUUGAUAAUGUGUUUGUCGGAUCGUACGGUUAUCAUUGUGCAAACGGGCCAAAACGUAUCAUCGAUACCAAACCACACGGUCUGGCAGGUAGACUUACCCAGCUGAAGCGUCCAGGUGAUGUACUGCGGGAACGGUCAGAUGCAAAGCGAAAUGAUGGUGUCUUUUUUGCGGCUAUCAGUGCACUGACGCUUAGUUACCAUCGAUGGUUUAAUCAUGCAACGGCGUUUAUAAGCGAAGCGUUGCAUUUCGAUAACAUCACCAAAACGGUCACAUCAUGCAACGGUAGUACGAAAAUCGUUCUGGCAGAGCUACGCUCUACGGAGAAUGGUAUGAUGCAUAAAUGUUGGACCUUUCCAGUGGGACCGUCACAGUCAAGCACAUUUACGCUUCCAAAGCUACCCAACCUACAAAACUUCACGUUGUUUGUAAUGGAUACCGAUGGAAAUAUUCUAAAAGCAAAUCUUAGCAGUAUUAGCUCAGCAAAAAUAUGUUAUUAG